AUGCGGCGUGGUUUCUUCGCGGCUUUGGUAGGUUUUCCAUUUUUUUCGGUUUGAACUUUAAAGUUUUUUCACUCUUUUAAAAUUUUAAAAGUUUUAUGUUUAAAAUAAUUAGAUCUUUCAUCACAAAAAAAAUGGCAAGAAUUUUCUUUACAAAGCAAUAAAUGGCAAGGACUUUCUUUACAAACUAAAAUUGUAAAAGACUCGGGCCGGGCCCAAUUUGAUUUUGAAUCUUGGUUUGGCAAACAAUGACAAGAACUUUCUUUACAAAACAAAAAAUGGCAAGAACUUUCUUUACAAAACAAAAAGUGGUAAAAACUUUCUUUCUAAACCGUAAAAUAGCAAAAAUUUUCUUUACAAAACAAAAAAUGGCAAGAACUUUCUUUACAAAACAAAAAAUGUCAAGAACUUUGUAUAAAACAGCCAAAAAUGGUUGCUUCUAGCUAAAAAAGCAAGCAUGCAGACUGCGGUAGACAUUUUAUACGCUGAUUUAAUAUAAAUAACGUAAUUUUUAAACCUAAAUAAAAAAUGGCAAAAACUUUGUUUACAAUACAAAAAAUGGCAAGAACUUUUUUUACAAAAAAAUAUGGCUAGAACUUUCUUUACAAACCGAAAAAUGUCAAAAACGUUCUUUACAAACUAAAAAAUGGCAAUAACUUUUAUUAAAAGACAUAAAAUGACAAGAAUUUUCUUCACAAAUUAAAAAAUGACACAAACUUUCUUUACAAUCUAAUUUUUAGCUAACAUGUACCAUUUGUACUACCUUGAUCUCAGCAGCAACUCGACAUCCUUUUCAUGUCUCAGCUACAACAACAUUAAAACCUCCGAGUGGCAAUCGAACUGAUGCUCUAUCACAACAAACCUACUACAAUAACAGCAGUUUAUUGGCACAGACGACCGAACCAGUCGGGAUAAGGGUUCGAUUCAAUGAACCGGUCUUUAAGGACACUGCCAAUGUUAUGAGUAGGUUUAAUUUUGAAUUUUUACUAAAAUUUUAGCUUUUGAAGUAAAAAAUGAGUUUUAAGUUUAAAAAUGAACUUUUGCUUUAAAAAUGGAUUUUAGGCUUAAAAACUAAAUCUUAGGCUUAAAAGGAGUUUUUGGCUUAAAAAAUGAAAUUUUAGUCUUGAAAAUGAAAUUUUAGGCUUCAAUAUAUAUUUUAGGCUUCAAAAUAUAUUUUAGGCUUAAAAGUCAACUUUAAGCUUAAGAAAUGAAUUUUGGGCUUAUAAAUGGUAUUCUCAGCUUAAAAAUGAAUUUUAGGCUUGAAAAUGAAUUUUAGGCUUAAAAAUAAAUUUUUGGCUUGAAAUGAGUUUUUAGGCUUAAAAAAUGAAUCUUAGGCUUAAAACUGAAGUUUAGGCUUAAAAACGACUUUUAGGCUAAAAAAUGAUAUUUUUUAAACUGGUGACGCUUUUAAAAUUUUUUACAUUUUUUUAAAAUUUUUUUGGAAUUUAUUGAAAUUUCUGCCACUUUUCAGAAAGUGUAUUUGCGUAUCAAGCGAAGAACGCUCGGAUCGCGUCGUACCAGCAAUGUUUUCCGGAAGGCUGCUUUUAUUUGCAUUCCUUUCGUGUUUCUGGUUUCGAACGUCCCAAAGAUGUCACAAUCACGUCCGCCGAGCCCAACAAACUGGUGUUGAAGAUAUUUGCUUUUGAUAUUGAGUAGGUUUAGCUACUUACUUUAAUAUGAAAUUACAAUAGGAUGAGGUAGAGUAGGGCUUAGUAAACAAGGAGCAACACGGGCUAGGAUUUGGGAAGAAGUCGGGUUUAGUGAGCUUCUUAUUAGUUUGUGGGUAGGGUAGGAUAGGGUUGGGUAAGGUAGAAUACGGCAGAGUUUGAUACAGAAGGGUUUGGUUAGGUAAAGGUACGGUGUAAUACAAUACGAUAAGCUAUGUUGGAGUGCAGUAGGACACAUUACUGUAGGCUAUUGCUUAAGUUGGUACGGUAGAUCUUGAUACGGUAGGGUAUGGAAGACUACAGUUUGAUAGGGUAGGGUAUGGUAGGGUAGGGUAGGGUAGGGUUUUUUAAUACUUAAACUAUUGAAUUACAGUAUUCUCGGCGCAGUAACAGGAAACAUUCAAAUCCUCCUCAACGUGCCGAUCCUGGGCCAGAUCAUUGUAAAUGCUCGUCAAAUCACAGUGACAGCUCUUUUUGACAUUCAAAAAGAUCUCCAACGUACUCCAUACCUACAUCAAGCUGGCUGUUCAUUAGAUAUGGGUCUAGUGAAUGCUCAAGUAACUGGCAUGGGGCUGAUUACUGACUCAGUAAAUAUAAAAUACAAGAAAGAAAUGGUUGAAAAGGCAAGGGAAAUCAUCUCAAGUACAGUUUGUUGGAAUCUGGAGAGAGCCAUUCAAGAUCAAGUCAAUACAAGGUUAAGGGACAUGCCUAAACAUCUGAGUAUUUAUGAGCUGAUACAGUACUUUGAUUCGUCGGUAAGUUUGAAAUUUUGGGAAAAGCGUUUUUAGUAAUUGUUAUAAACUUAUAAAAGUUGCAGCUAAGUGUGAGUUAAGGCUAGACUGGGGCUAUUACUCUGGGCUAGGGCUCCUGGCUAGGGCUCUGGGCUAGGGCUCUGGGCUAGGGCUCCUGGCGAGGGCUCUGGGCUAGGGCUCUGGGCUAGGGCUCUGGGCUAGGGCUCUGGGCUAGGGCUCUGGGCUAGGGCUCUGCGUUAGGGCUAGGGAUUGGGCUAUAAGUAGGGUUAAAUUUAGAGCUAGGAACAAAAGUAUUUUGAUUUCACUUUGAACGGGUUUAAAUUCUCUUUAAGACACGUUUUAUCGUAUAACAAAGAGCGCGCAGUUUUCACAAACCAUUAUCUUGUUUUAUCGCUCAAAAAUAUUAGAAACCUUAAUUAUAAAUAAUUUAUAUCUGUAAGAGAAGUUUUAUAUUACAUUUUUAAUUUAAAAAAAUUAAAGUUUUAAAAAUUUCAAAAACUAAAAAUUUUAAAAAUUUGUAAUUUAAAAAUUUUUUUUAAAGUUGCUUUUUUUACAGAUAAAUUUAUCAUUUGAGCUUCAAAGUAGACUUUUUGAAUUCAAUUUUCUUUGUUUUGGAAAAAGUCAAAUGUUUCAUUGUGUACAAUAGCCUUCGCAGACAAAAAAAGCCUUUUUUUAAGGCAAGAAAAUGUAAAAUACGACAGUCGCGGCAAAGGUCAUGUAGUUUUUCAUUUUUUUAAACUUUUCUUACAAUUUAACACUUUUUAUAAUAAAAAACCAUUUUUAAAAAUUUAUUUUCAGGCAACAAAAGUAGAACCUCAACCUCGACCAAUUGUGGCGAAGGAUCCAGCGCUUCAAUACACUAGGUAUAGAACUCAUCAUUCACCUAGCAGAUACAGAAGCCCUAGAGUAAAACGGUCUGAAAGCCGUGGAGUUGCUGCUGUUGUGGAAAGUAGGUUUUUGUUACCUAAAAGUUCAAAAAUUUUUUUAUUUAUGGCAAGAACUUUCUUUACAAAACAUGAAAUGGCAAGAACUUUCUUUACAAAAAAUAAAAUGGCAAGAACUUUCUUUACAAAACACAAAUUGGCAAGAACUUUCUUUACAAGACAAAAAAUGACAAGAACUUUCUUUACAAAACCAGAAAUAGCAAGAACUUUCUUUACAAAACAUGAAAUGGCAAGAACUUUCUUUACAAAACAUAAAAUGGCAAAAACUUUCUUUACAAAACAAAAAAACGGCAAGAACGUUUUUUACAAAACUUUUAUAAUUGCACCCCCUCUCAUUAACUAAAGCUUUUACAGUAAUUGAACCAACCGACAACGUCGUUCAGUACGAAGAGAAGAAACGAGUCCGUAAGAAGAUAGCCAAGCCUACCGAAGAUAAGCCUAAAGGAAAUGAGGUUGAUUAUGUUGACUAUGCCAACGAAGCUGAUACUUCUAAGAAUUUUAUGGAGAAGUUUGAUAAUGAGAACACUAGUGGUACUGUUUCUGUCUCAGUUGGUCCUGAUGCCAAAAAGAGUACCAAAAGUACCAAGAAAGUGGAGGACAAAAGCUUGAGUAGUGGAAAGAGUAGUGUUAAUAAGACGAAUGGUACUGAAAAAAGUAAAAAGAUUGAUGAAGUUAGUAUAGAUGGUACCCAAUUCAAUUUGAGAGAACUUUUGGAUGGGUUUGAUUUUGUAAGUCUUACAGUAUGCCUACUAUACUUUAUGAUUAUUUGCUUUAACCUACAUUACCCUACCCUACUCUACCCUACCCUACCCUACACUACCCCAUUCUACCCUACCCUACCCUACCCUACCCUACCCUACACUACACUACACUACCCCACCCUACCCUACCCUACCCUACCCUACCCUACCCUACCCUACUCUAUCAUACCCUACCCUACCCUACCCUACUCUACCCUACCCUACCCUACCCUACCCUACCCUACCCUACCCUACCUUACCCUACCCUACACUACUCUACCCUACCCUACUCUAUCUUACCGCAUCCUGCUUACCUAUUCUGCCUUAAUUUACUAUAUCUCGUCCUACUAGGCUUGGCUUUUACUACUCUAUCUUGUCUUACUAUACACUACACAUCAUUGUCUUAUAUAAUUUGCCGUUUCUAAAUUUGCUUUGCUUUUCCCUUUCCCUUACUACUCUACUCUACCCUAUCUCACAGUCCCUUAACUUACUCAUUUUUAAUCUACCGUAACUGCCACUUGUCUUGCUUUUGCUUCAGUUUUUCUUGCCUAAACUUAAUUUCAUGGUAGCCCCAUUGUCGUAUUAUAUUUUGCCCCAACCUAUCAAAAACUUAAUUUUAAAAUCUUUUUUGUUUUAGACAAACUUUGGCCGCCUCUUCUUAAACAUGGACUUCGUGGAUUCAGCAGCCGAUGCCGAAACCUUUAAUAUUGGAAUCAGCGGAGCUGUCCGGGUGAAUGCAUUACCUUACAAUGGCUUGUACAAUGAUCCACGGCCAUUGACAAAUGAAACUUUAUUAGAAUUUCCACUAAAUCUAACAAAAAAAGGAGUCGAAAUGAUUGUAGGAGAGUUUACUCCUAAUGCUCUGUUCAAUCAGGCACAUCGGUGAGGGCUUUUUAUUAAUUUUGGGAUGAGGUAGUUAAAAAAAUAAAGUAGGGUAUAGUAGAAAAAGGCAGGUUUUCACAAGGCGGUAUAGAGUGGGGCAGGUUAAGGUAGAGAAAAGUGGCUUUAGGUACAUAAACGCAAGGUAGCGUAUGGUAAAAAAGGAUAAGUAAAGGCACGGCUUGUCACGGUACGAUAAGGUACGGGAAGGCACGGUAAAAACGAUUGGCUAGGGUAAUACCCUACGUAGGGUAGGGUAGGGUAGGGUAGGGUAGGGUAGGGUAGGGUAGGGUAGGGUAGGGUAGGGUAGGGUAGGGUAGGGUAGGGUAGGGUAGGGUAGGGUAGGGUAGGGUAGGGUAAGUCUACCAUAGGGCUUAAAUAAGGUAUUAAAAUACCUAUAUUGUUAUAGAGCAAAGAUCCUUCGAUUCCACGUAAACCCACGUACGCCACUGUUCGGCCCAAUGUUGAAGACAACGUGCACAAUUGAUGAAGUUUGUUUAUCUGACUCCUUACCAGAAAUUGGUGAGAAAUACCCUCAGAAGCAAAUGAAUAUAUUAAUUGAGUCCGUCAGGCCACCCAAAGUUGUCAUAAGUGAAGGUGAGUUUUGUAAAGAUAGUUUUUGACAUUUUUUGGUUUGUAAAAAAAAGUUUUGACAUUUUUUGUUUUGUAAAGAAAUUUCUUGCUAUUUUCUUGAUGUGGUCUAAAUUUACAAUCAUUUUUAGAUUCAAUGAAGGUGCAUUUUAUCGGUUUGGCUACUUUCUUCAUAGCUGAUGUUGGCCAACAGCCAAUUGGGAAAAUACCAUUUUCGGCUACGACGAAGAUUCACAUCAAACAAAAUGACAAUAAGAUUUUUGGUGAGUUGGUAAAAUACGUCCUUUAGAAUUCAUAUCACUAUUUGAGAAAAAAGCUCAAGUAGAGUACGGUGGGGCGCAGUUGGUUUGGGUAGGGUAUUUUAUGAUAGUGAAAGGUAAGAUAUAAUACGGAAAGGUAAGGUAGGCUUGGGCAGAUGUACAACGGAGAGCUUUGAGGAAUAGGGUAGCGUUAGGUUACUUUAGGGUAGAGUAUUGUAAGGCUGAGUAAUGUGCGGUAGGGUAAGGUAUAGUAAGGUAGGAUAAAGUAAGGAAUGUUGGGCAAGAUGGAGCAUGAUAGGGUAAGACUGGAAAGGUUAAGGAUGUAAGUGCGAGAACAGGGUAGGAUAAGGUAGGAUACAGUAUGUUUGCUUCACUCCGUCUUACUAUACCUUAUCGUUGCUUACCAUAAGAUACCCUUGCCUACCGUACCCUAUCGUACUCUACCUUACCUUGCUUUACUCUAUUUUGCUGUACUUUACCGUACCCUACUGUAUUAUUAUUUACCCUACAAUACCCUACUGUACCAUUAUGUACCUUACCCUAUCUUUCAUUACUUUAAUAUACCGUACUCUACUACACCCUACCCUACAGUACUAACAAACCUAUUUUUCAGUUCAAAUAUCAAUCUCCGAGCUAGAAAUCCUAGAAGACGUUGAUUUCUUCGAGCUCUCACCAGCUCAACUUCGAGGUUUUAAAACUUCGGUCAAAGGAGCGUUAGAACGUUUGGCCAAUAAAUACCUAAAAUCUGGCCUAGACUUGAAGUACCUUCAAGGAAAACUAGAAAAUUAUGGUUUAAAUGACCUAAACAUUCAAUUACUGGCCGAAGGGCUGAUAAUGUUGCAAAUGGAUGUUGAUGUAUACAAGUUGUUAUUUGAGGAUAAUACUCUUGAUGGGAGGAUUGAAAAGUUUUAG